AUGGAAAGACAUAUCAAUGGGACUUUGCAAUCUGCUGUGGAUGCUAUGAAAUAUAAUGAGUAUGAUGGCACAUAUAAUACCUCAUAUAAUGACCAAGGAGAUUCAAAGGAUUACAUAUUUGAGAUGAAUUUAACAUAUGGCUUCAUUUUAGUUAUCUGCUUUGUGGGAUUUUUUGGGAAUGGAACUGUCAUCUGGCUUCUUGGUUUCCGCAUUAGCAGGAAAGCAUUCACCACCUACAUCCUUAAUUUGGCUGUUGCUGACUUUGCAUUCCUCCUGAGUCUAGAGUUCUAUACUUUUAUUAUCUUUACUGAACCUGAUUAUGUUAUUUAUAAUAAGCUACUUUGGCAUGGUUUUUUGUGUGGAAGAAUGGGGGAAACUUCUGCUCCAGAAGAGGAGAAAAGAUUCCACAUGCAGUCAUUCAGCAUGGAAAGACAUAUCAAUGAGACUUUGCAAUCUGCUUCGGAUGCUGUGACAUAUGAUGAGUAUAAUGAAACUUAUAAUAGCUCAUAUAAUGAUCAAGGAGAUUUCCAGUAUAAGCGAUUUGAAAAAUGUAUAAUACAUGGCUUCUUUUUAGUUAUCUGCUGUAUGGGAAUUUUGGGGAAUGGAACAGUCAUCUGGCUUCUUGGUUUCCGAAUUAGGAGGAAACCGUUCACCACCUACAUCCUUAAUUUGGCUGUUGCUGACUUUGCACUUCUCCUGAGCCUAGAGUUCUAUACUUUUAUUUUCUUUGCUGAUUAUAUUAUUGAUAGUGUUGCUCUAUAUCUCUUAUCCUUUACAUACAACACUGGACAACUUCUUCUGACAGCAAUCAGCAUUGACAGAUGUGUGUCUGUCCUCUUCCCUAUUUGGCAUCGGCGUGUCCGCCCGACACAUUUCUCCACCACUGUGUGUGCCCUCAUAUGGGUCCUCUGCUUUCUGCUCGGCCUAAUCAUCUACAUUCUUGAAAUAAUUUACUCCUUUCCAUAUUGGUUAUCAGAAAAAAGCCAAUUUCUAUUGACUGGACUGCUUUGCCUCCCACUCAUGACAAUUUCAACUGUGAUCCUUUUUAUCAAAGUCUGUUUUAAAUCAAACCCACGAAAGCGGGGAAGGCUUUUAACAGUUAUUUUACUUUCUCUCCUCUUCUUCCUCAUGCUUUAUUUUCCACUCAAUGCCAUUCUUAUUGCUAUAUCAUUUGUAGACCUAGAUACUCCUUUUCCACUCCGUUAUGGCUUUUUGUGUGCCUCCCUCAACAGCAGUGUGAACCCCUUCCUCUAUUUCCUGGUUGGUAGGAAGAAGGGGGGUCAAUCUAGGGAGAGCCUAAUGGUCAUCCUCCAGCGGGUUUUGAAUGAGGAGGAGAAUGACAGACAGGAAAUGGACCCUCCUUGUUCAAACGCACUUAGCAACCUUUCAUAA